UAACUCCAAUCAACUUGCAGUUAACCAUCAAACAUGGCAUCGGUCUGUAAAGUUAUCGCUCGGCAACUGUCCACCUCAGUGGGACGGCAGGGUCCUGUUAAAUAUUUGACUGUUAUUGGCAGUGGUUUAAUGGGCUCAGGAAUUGCACAGGUAGCAGCUGCAACCGGACACAAUGUGACUCUGGUGGACCAGUCGGAUGACAUCCUCAACAAGUCCAUGGGAAACAUCAAGAAGAGUCUGGAGAGAGUUGCCAAGAAAAAGUAUGCUGACAAUCCCAAGGAUGGUGAAGAAUUCAUCUCCGGUGUUCUAGGCCGUAUCUCCACAAGCACUGACUCCUCAAGUGCUGUGGAGAAGACUGACCUGGUCAUUGAGGCUAUUGUAGAGAACCUUGGGGUCAAGAAACAGCUGUUCUCAGCUCUGGACAAAGUUGCACCACAACACACCAUCUUCAGCAGCAACACCUCCUCAAUUCCCAUCACUGAUAUUGCUGCAUCAACACAGAGAAAGGACCGGUUCGGGGGACUGCACUACUUCAACCCUGUACCCAUGAUGAAGCUCCUGGAAGUUGUCAGGACAUCAGAGACAAGUGAUGAGACAUUCAACACCCUGGUGGAGUUUGGCAAGGCCAUGGGCAAGGUCACUGUCAAUUGCAAGGACACAGCUGGAUUCAUUGUGAACCGACUCCUGGUACCCUAUAUGUUGGAGGCAGUUCGUCUCGUGGAGAGAGGUGAUGCUUCCCCGAGGGACAUAGAUGUAGCAAUGAAGCUGGGAGCUGGCUAUCCCAUGGGACCUUUUGAGUUGAGCGACUAUGUUGGACUGGACACCAUGAAGUUUAUUCUAGAUGGUUGGCAUGAGAGGGACCCUAACCAUCCUCUGUUCAAACCUAGCCCCCUGUUGGACAAGCUGGUGGGCGAGGGCAAACUAGGUAUGAAGACUGGGGAAGGUUUCUAUAAACAUAAGAAGUAGACUGACCAUUGCCGUCUUGAAGAUGUUGGAAACUGUACACAAUCACCUUCAAAAGUAUACACUGUUGGAAUAUUGCAUGUUGUUUACAUGGAAAGGUUGUGUGAAUGAUUUGUCAAAAGUGGUUGUUUGUCAUGUAAAUGAGUUGCUCUAAUUAUGUAACAAUUUAGAUUUGAUAUGAAAUCUGAAUAUACA